AUGUCUGCGACGAUUUGUGACGGUUGUCAAAGACUGGUGCCGAUGCUUGACAACUCAACUGACUCUGACGUUUUGCUGCGCCUCAUCACAUUCGUGGCGAACCUUUGCUCUGCUGUGAAGCGACUCCGCGUCACACCUGCUGACAUCCCGCCAAUGGAUAAAGUCGCAUCCCCCGAAACCAUGUAUGCGCGUAUUUACGGAGUCGCUGUAUUCGACAGAUUGCAAGACAAGGUUCGGGUUGUGAGUCGGUUCAACGCCUGCGAGGAAAUCCGCUUUCACGCCAACAGGAUCAUUGACGCGUUCCGGGAAGAAGGAGAAAAAUGAAGGCGUCGCAUUUUCUUUGUUGUUGGAGUCGAAUGCAGGCGAUUCGAGGGUCAUUUCCACACGCUAGUCUCUCUAUCUUUCUCGAGGUAGACGAUUGUUAGGAAAAUGUUUCUGCGUCAUUUCGUGUGACGAAUUUUUUCGGAUUUGUUAUGCGAGAAUGGGUGGCAUUGAAUCAUCGCGUUGGAAGUUCAUCAAUUCAAGAGUGUCCACUACAGGGGUAUUCAAGCUCUGCUAGACUUGAGAAAACAGGGAAUAUUUCGAAGGAGUUAUAAAGGUAUAAAAUAAAUUGUUUUGACAAUUUUUGGGAGCCAGUAAUCGAUAUUCUUCACUCCGGGAAAAUUUGAUUUUUUUGUUGGAGGAAAAUUCAGUAUGACUCAUUUAUUAACAGACGACGGAGAGACAAAAAGUUUUUCUCUGGACGCCAUAAUUUUCAAUGCUCAUAUCUCUUUAUUUGGAUGAACAUUAAUCUUGAAUUAAUCGAUAUUCUGCACUCCGGGGAAGGAAGUGGUAUCUUUCUUCUUUUUUUUUCGUGCAAACUUCACUGUGACUCAUUUACUGUAUUAACAGACAACGGAGGAGCAAAAAGUUUUUUUCUCAGGAUGCCAUCAUUUUUCAUGCUCUUAUCUCUUUAUUUGGAUGAGCACUAAUAUUUUGUCUUGAGGGUGGUGUCACUAAUUUAUUUCCUGUUUUUGAAUCCCCUGCCAGAUUCCUUCUCCCAUUGGACGAAUCAUUUCCCCGAUCUUCUUUCCUGCGCAGAUUACUCGCAGCCAAGAUUUUGUUGUUGCUCGUUCGCGUCGUUGCAUUUUGCAUUAACGCGAACAUAAUAUUUGUAUGCUCAAAACUGUUGGAAAUAUUUCCGAUUUUGCAAAUUUGGCAGAGCUGGAAUCACCCUGUACUUUAGGGAAGAUCCUUUCCAGUGUGUGGUUAGGGUUUGAUUGAAAAACAGUCGCGAAAAACUGUAGUUCAAAGAAUACUUUGUAGUUGCGGAUUUAUUUGUUGAGCUUCUUUUCUAUCUACGUUUUAGUUUCCCUCGGAAUGAAUUUUUUGAGCGCAGCAUUUUUUCGUCAUUUUACAGCUUAUGAAUCGCUGAGCAUAGAGUUUUCGGUUUCAUUCUUUCGUCAUAGUUUUUGGCGAAGCUGAAGUUGCUGAUACUUCGUGGAUGAUUUAUUAAGAAAGAAUAAUUGUGUAAUGCCUUCGAUUUUAUCGACUUCGUCUGUAAUUGUUGAGCUUGAUGCCUUUUUGUGUUCUAUUCGAUAAUCUGCGGAGAUUUCAUUCUGACCAGCACAUUAUUUUCUUAGUCACUUCGAACAUGUUUAAAAAUCUGGAGCUGAUUAUUUUCCGUGAAAAAAUAUCUGGUAGCUAUUUCUUUGAAUUUUCCGUGCGAAUCCUGCGAAAUUGUUGAAAAUGUUCUGCGACGAUUUGUGACGUCUGUUAAGUAUGAUUUGACGCCAGAAAUUUGUUGCUCUCUUUUUUGAGCAGUCCCAAGCAUCAACUCUUGCCUCAAACAGCCAACAUUCCCAGAAAGAAUUCAUGUCUGGUCAUUUUAAAUGUGCCAUCAUUCUCUCAGUUUGGAGUCCAAGUGCCACUGAUGAAAUAUUCCAGGGUAAAUUCGUGUUCUGUUUUUCUCUUCCACGCAACAGCUAAACCUCACUUUUUGUUUUUUUCAUUAUAUGCUGAACUGUUGAAUUUAGUUGAGAAAUACACGCUGUUGUCCAGUGUGCAGUGAUGUGUCAUGAAGCAGAUCUCGGCAUUAACGGUCUGAUCUUCAACGAAAGAAACACUUUCAAAAUCGGCAGUCGUUGUAGGAACUUGAGGAGAGAUUGCAGUUUUGCGAUAAAAAAAAACCAAGGUGCAAUCUUUAAAAAAAAAAGAACCUGGUGUCAUGCAUAAACGGUUGGAUGAAAUUGUUACCCGUCGCGUUGAUGACGAGCUUGCUGGUGCAAUGUUGCAAGAAGAAAAAAACUAAGGGUUCUUCGUUUGAAUAUAUUCGUUUUGGAAGAUA